UUUAAUUAAAAUUUAAGAUUGAAUUACCCAACCGCGACCCCUUCGCUCUCGGUUUCGUCGUUCGCGCGAGCGCUCUCCGCCAUGGAUUACCUCAGAACCGUCGUUCCCUCGCAGCUCACCGCCGAGCGCGGGUCCAAUCUCGUCGUCAUCAAUCCAGGUUCGGCGAAUGUAAGGAUAGGAUUUGCUCAUCAACAGGUGCCGUUCAAUGUACCGCAUUGCGUUGCUUGGCAUCUGAAGGGUCAGGAUGAGGGGCCAAGAAGAACUGUACAGGACCAGAUGCUUAAUACUCAAGCUACUGCAACUCAAACGAGGGAGCGCGAGAAGGCAUAUGACAUUAUUGCGUCUCUAUUGAAGAUCCCUUUUCUUGAUGAAGAAGCAGCAAGCAACUCAUUCCCCCGUAAGCUUGGACGUGUUGAGGGUUAUGCUCCACAUCAGAGUAGAAGUGAUACUACUUUCGCUUGGACGAAUGUGAUGGAGAAGAAUCCUAAGUUAUCAGUAGCAAUAGAAAGGUCAGAACACAAUGCUGGUGAAAAGGAUUCCCUGGAUAGUGCAGGAACUCGUGGUAAAGGUCCUCAUACUGACGAAUGCAAGUUUAAGGAAUUUAUAAUGGGAGAAGAAGCUCUGAAAAUCCCCCCUACUGCACCAUACUGCGUGAGGCGUCCCCUGAGGCGAGGCCACUUUAAUAUUUCUCACCAUUACUCUUCACAACAGGUUUGUGAAGAUCUCUCUGCUAUUUGGAACUGGAUAUUGGUCGAAAAAUUGAAAAUUCAACUGGCUGACAGAAAUUUGUAUUCUGCUAUUCUUGUUUUGCCAGAGACAUUUGAUAGCCGUGAAAUCAAGGAAAUGCUCUCUAUCGUGUUGCGUGAUUUAAGGUUCAGCACAGCAGUAGUACAUCAGGAAGGUCUUGCUGCUGCAUUUGGUAAUGGAUUAUCCACGGCAUGUGUUGUGAACAUUGGCGCUCAGGUUACAUCUGUAAUAUGCAUUGAGGACGGGGUGGCUUUGCCUUCUACAAAUGUCAAUCUGCCAUAUGGUGGAGAGGACAUCUCAAGAUGCCUGCUAUGGAUUCAACAGCAUCAUCAAACUUGGCCGCCUGUUCAUACCAAUCCAAUGAAUAAGCCUGUUGAUAUGUUAAUGCUCAAUAAGUUAAAAGAAUCAUAUUGUCAGAUCAGAGAAGGAGAAUUUGAUGCUGUUGCUGUAGUUAAUUCGUUUGAUCAAGAACAUGUUGCCUCACAUAAGACAAGGCUAUCAGCCCUCAAUGUUCCUCCUAUGGGUCUUUUCUACCCAACACUCUUUGUCCCGGAAGAAUACCCACCUCCUCCCCGCUCUUGGUUUCAGGACAAUGAGGAUAUGCUUGAAGAGACUUGGCAUAUGGAGUUCCCUAGGAGGCCUGACAUGCCAGAUAGCUUUUAUCCCAGUGGUAAUGGUGGACUUAACAUGUGGGACUAUCACAUUUUUCCUCGGAGAUUGAAGAAGGAUGAGAAACUUGGCCUUGCAGAAGCAAUUACAAAUAGUAUUCUUUCAACAGGGCGUAUUGACCUUCAAAGGAAACUGUUCUGUAGCAUACAGCUGAUUGGUGGCGUAGCUUCGACAUCUGGUCUUGUUGCAGCGGUGGAAGAUAGGGUUUUGCAUGCCAUUCCUUCUACUGAAGCAAUAGAUACAGUUGAGGUACUUCAAUCAAGAAGUGAUCCAUCAUUUGUGCCUUGGAAAGGGGGAGCAAUUCUUGGCAUACUUGAUUUCGGCCGAGAUGCUUGGAUCCAUAGGGAGGACUGGAUAAGAAACGGGGUCCACAUUGGAAGUGGCAGAAAGUACAAGGAUUCUUAUUUUCUCCAGGCUCAAGCAAUGUGCUAUUACAACACCCAAUAGAUGAUGCAUGAUACAGGACAGCGAGAGUUCAAUAGAGAUAAGUAACUGGUACAGUUGCAAAACCGUCGACCGUAUGAAGCACGGUGAAGCUUUCCCAAUUUGUUAAAACGCGUAGGUUGGGCCUGCUACUAGAUGGGCUUGUAGAACAGAACGAGUACUAAGAUCGAGGCUGCAAAUAACUUAGGAUAUAUGAAGUUGUAUUGUGAUCAUUGUAAAUAUGUCAUGAACUGAUGGAAGUGAUAAUGAUAAAUGAAUUCUUUUUGGAGAAAGUUUUGUUUAUUUGGUAUUUUUGAUGAAACUUUUAGUCUCUUUCAUGAACUGUUCUGAGUACCUCGAAUCAAAAAAUUGUUUGUGAAACCGAGUGAAUAUAAAAUAAAGUUGGGACGUGGGAGUGGCUAUGGGCCUCUUUGCCUC